AUGGCACCCACACAAUUGGAUAUAAAAGUUAAGGCCUUGAAGAGGCUGACCAAAGAGGAAGGUUAUUACCAACAAGAACUGAAAGAUCAGGAAGCUCAUGUGGCAAAACUUAAAGAAGAUAAAUCGGUUGAUCCAUAUGAUUUAAAGAAACAGGAGGAGGUCCUGGAUGACACAAAAAGAUUGCUACCUACUUUAUAUGAAAAGAUCAGACAGUUUAAAGAGGAUUUGGAGCAAUUUCUAAAAACUUAUCAAGGUACCGAAGAUGUAGGAGAUGCAAAAUCUGCUAUUACUUCUGCACAGGAAUUACUGGCUUCUAAAUAA